AUGCGGAAGAUGCCGCACAGGAGUGUUGGGAACAGAUGGACAUGCUACGGAAAGGUGGCGCUUCGCGUUUACGAGCUGGGACAGGCUCCUAAGGAGUGGGAAAGGCGACGCAAAUUUCACGCAACGUGUAGAGUCCUUGUAUGUGAGGUCGCCAUAUUGCUCUUCAAACCGUUUUGUGCCCGAAAUGAACUCAAAGAGAUAGUGCUCGACUGUUUCAUUGGCUUGUUCACAGGCCUCACAAAGAGGCGAUUCUACGCAUUUGAACCGGUAAAGGUAAUGUUUCAGCGCGCCGCUUUGCUCUUCAACAGCCCUUUCAUCAGGAAUGGUAUCCGGUUUGAUGUGUUGUUGUGCGCGCCCUCUGCUGCCUUCUUGGCCUCUUCAUCCGCCCUUUCAUUGCCUGGUAUGCCUUUGUGUCCCGGCACCCAGCCCAAGCUCGUGUGUAUCUUGUCGGUAAUAUAUGAUCCCGUAGCUGGCAUUCCUGCCCCUGUUGCUGUAAUUGCCGCCUGGUUGUCCACUCCCAUCGUCGCUUCCAUCACCCAGCCUGUCUCUCUCCUAAUCAGCUCCAGCCCCAACAUCAUCCCCACGCACUCUCCUUCAUACACCGUGGUUCCUCCAGCGUCCCCAAUGUGGGUGCUUUCUAACAGGUGUGGUGAUGGCAAUCGUUUGACGUGUCUUCUUGCUGCCUUCCUAGCGGCUUUACCAAUCAGAUUUGUCUGGGGCAGUGUCGCAAUCCGCAGUGCCGCGCUGUGGCAUAUCUUGCGCAAGUGGUAUUUGAUUGGUGCGAUGUCGGCGUGUGCGAGUAUCUGCCUCCCACUCUCCCUCCUCACUGGUGGCACGCACCACACAUCUGCCGCGUAUAGCAUGCUAGGUAGCGCCACCCCAUAUAGCAUAGCCCUCAUAAACUCCCCCUUCAUUCCUUUUGCCAUCUUUGCCGUCCUUCGAAAUUGUGUUACCCACUUCGUCCCCUUUGCUAAAGCGUGUGCCGCAUGUUCCUUGAAUCGCAGCUCUUCGUCCAUUAUCAACCCUAAGAACUUGUGGCUCUUCGUUGGCCGUAUGGUAUGCUGUCCGAUUCUGAUGUCUGGCCUUAUCUCCGGCAGUGGCCUUCUUGACCCUGGUUCUCUAUGCUUCCUCCUCGAAAAACCGAUGUAG